AAACCACCAGGAGAUGUCGCGAGCGCCGCUUCAGCUGGAUGAACGUAAGCGCAGCUGAGGCGGCGAAGAUAUGUUACGUGUAAUAUGAAAAGUAGCAGCCGAUUCGUGUCCACAGAUUGCUCCCUACGCUCCAAUAAACAUUGCUACAACUUUCGGGAAACAUGACAGUGUGGCUUAGGCUCCUUUACGGAGCAGCUAGCUUGGCCCUGUUGGUGCGUUCGGCUCGCAGCAACAACAUCGCUGACGACUCGGUCCUCUUCAGUAUUAACUGGCCAGGUGCCUCGCCCGACAAGAAAUUGGCGCCCGCAGAGCUCGAAACGCUGUGGAUGGUGUCCGCCGAAAAGGAGCGCUAUCAGUGCCUGCUACCUGCCAAUCCAGUAUCGCGAGAGGACGCCGAAGCUGCUGCUCCGUACGCGGGGCCAACACCUCUGGCGCUACUGAAGCCGCUCUUCUCCCGGCUGUUCUGCUCCUACCGCCUGGAGCAAUACUGGACCUAUGAGCUGUGCCAUGGAAAGAGCGUUCGACAGUACCACGAGGAAAGCAUCAACAACAAGGUUGUCCUUCAGGAGUACUUCCUUGGCAAGUAUGAUGCCAAGAAGCUGGAAGCCGAUGAUGCGAACUACUUAUCAAGGCGAAGCCAGCGACCUCCUCGUAUUCGACUGGAAGGGGGCCUGGAGCUUCCAUACUUUGCGGUCAACAUGACUGGAGGCACGGCGUGCGAGCUGGGCGAGCGAUCGCAGCGCACGACCCGUGUACUGUACGUGUGCAGCCAGGAGGCCCGCAACGAAGUGCUCAGCAUCGACGAGAUCUCGACAUGCGAGUACCAGGCUGUGGUGCUAACCCCGUAUCUCUGUCCACACCCGGACUACAGUCCGGAAACGUCGCCAGAGAACCCGAUUCAGUGCGUGGCCCAAGACGGUGCCCCCCGACGACCCAAGGGCCUCUGGACAGAACAGGUGCAGCAGCAGCAGCUGCUUCCUCCCGAGCCGUUGCCGCCUCAGCCGCCACCAUCCUCUGAGAAGAUGUCUCAGCUGGUGCAGGACUUCCUCGCGGGCAGCUACUGCCUCACAGGGGGCGCAGGCUGGUGGAAGUACGAGUUCUGCUAUGGCCAGCGUGUGAGCCAGUUCCACGAGGAGAAAGGCAAGGAGCGAAUCAGCAUCCUGCUGGGCACCUGGGACCACAAGGCACACGUGGCGUGGCUCGACAAGCACCCCGAGCGAAAGCCCGGCCGCACGCCCAGGUACCUGACGCACUUUUAUGGAUCCGGGGACACCUGCGACCUCACGGGCAAGCCUCGCACAGUGGAAGUUCUUCUGAAGUGCCGCCAGGCAAAGGGCAACAUCGACAGCGUGUCCCUCUACUUACUUGAGCCUCGCACCUGCGAGUACAUUCUCGGAGUGGAGUCGGCCAUAGUCUGCAGUUUCAUGGACAAGGUGGACGAGUACGCACUGCCCAGCUGACACUGGGCCAACACGACAGCGCAUUCACGAAACCGGUCGCGGUCUCUUGGAGGCUUGCACGGGACUCGGAGACCGCCGCUUGGCCCGGCCGUUCCACUCCUGCGCAUGCCGUCGCAACAACUUGCACCAAAUUCCGCAUCACCCUUGUUGAAAAAUCACAGUUUCAUGUGCCUCCCCCCGUGACAGUAUUGUUCAUUGGGAAAAAAAAAAGUGAAGUGGCGAGCUCGACGGAGAAUGCAGCCUCGAAGACAGGCGACGAAAUUGUUGGAACGUGCCGUCACGUCAAACGUGACGGCAAGUGACGCUUUAUUUUUUUGCGAGCAGGUUUGCAGACACAAAUUUCAUGCUUGGGAAGAAGGUUUCUCCCGAUUUCUGCAGUCUCUUUUUUUUAUUUUCUUUAGUUGGUUCAUGAGUGACAUCACUUAACAAGAAGAAAUUCUUGCAUUAAUCCCGGAACUACCCUACACUGGGCUUCAAAGGGAAUCUAGCAUAGCUAAAAAGCACACUAGUCAUUGCUGUAAUCGCAGGUAACGUCUCUACAAGAGGGGCUUCGGUCAGUAAAACUUGUGAAUAUUCAAGCAAGCCUUAACUGUUGAGGCUUUCGCAAAAGUGAAACACCUUGCUUUCUGGCUAAAGCCAGUGGGUCCAAUGCUCAUUUGUUCCGUGGACCCGGAAAGUAUCCCGGUAAAACACCGCAAAUGUAACCACAGAGGAUGUGAGUUACUAGCCUCCAAUCUGCCAAAAGUUGGGCUUCCGUUUGCUUUAUCUUUUUUUCCUUACUUCUACAUUUCAAUUAAAAGUUAUCUUUUGCUUUA